AAUUUUAUUUUAAUUUUUUUACUGUUGUCACGUUAACAUUCACUGAUUACUUAGUCACAUCACAAAGACUGUGUGUUCAUCAUCUGAGCAAUGAGCUCAGUUGUUGACUUUUAUCAUUUUAUUACCAUCUUUGUCAGAUGGCAGCUGUUCACUUUCACUUCCUGCCACAUGUGUUCAGAUGCCAAUGAAAACACAACUUAAAGAUGCAAAGACUGAGUGGUGCUGUACCGGAAGUGCUUUUUUUUUUUUUUUUACUCUAUUCUGUAGAUGUGGUCCACGUGUUCACGUCCUGACCCCACAUGUUUUCACUUAGCUCCACAGGCUGACUUUGCCUUGCACACAACUCAACCAAUUAAAAGGGUUUUAAAAUAAUGCAAACAGUGUGUGAGCCACUGAUAGCCUUUAAAGAAUAGACAACGUGCAAACCUGUGCAUGCAUUUUCCCCUCCGUACAAUAACAGUACAGUGGGUAGGGAAAGUGUUCAGACCCCCUUAAAAAUUUCACUUUUUUUAUAUUUGCUAAAAUUUGCUAAAAUCAUAUAAGUUCAUUUUUUUUCUUCAUUAAUGUACACACAGCACCCCAUAUUGACAGAAAAAACGGAAUUGUUUAAAUUUUUGCACAUUUAUUAAAAAAGAAAAACUGAAAUAUCCCACAGCCUUAAGUAUUCAGACCCUUUGCUGUGACACUCAUAUUGAACUCGGGUGCUGUCCAUUUCUUCUGAUCAUCCUUAAAAUGAUUCUAUUCAUUGGAGUCCAGCUUUGUUGGAUUAUACUGAUUGGACUUGAUGAGGAAAGCCACACCCCUGUCUAUAUAAGACCUUACAGCUCACAGUGCAUGUCAGCGCAAAUGAGAAUAUUGAGGUCAAAGGAACUGCCUGAAGAGCUCAGAGACAGAAUUGUGGCAAGGCACAGAUCUGGCCAUGGUUACAAAAAAAAAUUUCAGCUGCACUUAGGAUUCCUAAGAACACAGUGGCCUCCAUCAUCCUUAAAUGGAAGACGUAUGGGAUGAUCAGAACCCAGCCAGAGCCCUGACUUAAACCCAAUUGAGCAUCUCUGGAGAGACCUGAAAAUGGCUAUCCACCAACGUUCACCAUCCAACCUGGCAGAACUGGAGAGGAUCUGCAAGGAGGAAUGGCACAAAAUCCAGGUGUGAAAAACUUGUUGCAUCAUUCCCAAAAAGACUCAUGGCUGUAUUAGCUCCAAAGGGUGCUUCGGCUAAAUACUGAGCAAAGGGUCUGUAUACUUAUGGCUGUGUGAUAUUUCAUUUUUGCUUUUUUAAUAAAUCUGCAAAAAUUUCAAUAAUUUUUUUGUUCUGUCAAUAUGGGGUGCUGUGUUUACAUUGAGGGGGGAAAAAUUAACUUAAAUGAUUUUAGCAAAUGGCUGCAAUAUAACAAAGAGUCAAUAAUUUACGGGGGAUCUGAAUACUUUCCGUAGCCACUGCAUAUGACCACCGUGAAUCAUACAACCCGAAUGCCAAUGAAGUUGGGACGUUGUUAAACAUAAAUAAAAACAGAAUACAAUGAUUUUGCAAAUCAUGUGUUCGACCUAUAUUUACUUGAAUACACUGUCCACAUGUACAAUAUAUCUGAAUCCAAAAGCUAAUUUGUUUUAUUUUUUUUUUUAGCCUUGUUGCGUGUCUUUUGACUUAGUAUUGUAAAUAUCUGACUGGAAAUAAAAGUUAUUUAAAGAAAAACCUGUCGGCAGUGGGGGACAGACAACACAUAAUGCGUGGAUCAGACUACAAGACAAAUUUGGUCUUUCGCGAUUGCACUAUGUCAGACUACUGCAAUAAAAUCUUGUAUUCCGAUACCACCGCAUCGCGUCUUUUUCGAUCACUGGGCUUUAUCUUGUCAACUCCAACGCCACCGGAUGCACUCGUUACCACGGCCACGACAACAACAGCCGAAGUCAGCUGGAACAGGCUUCAUCACGCCCGCGACCCUAAUGAGGAGAAGCGGAAAAGCUCCAAGAUGGACAACCUGCUCUUCCGAGCAGAAAAAAUGCAUGGAGAACAAGAACCACAUGGCUUGGCGUCCAAUUUGCAGCUCACCUUCACCGGCUUCUUCCACAAAUCAGGGACACCGUCUCAGGACUGUGAGAACGAGCAGACCUCCGUGUCUCUCGAGGUCCUCCUUGUCAAAGUCUGUCACAAGAAGAGGAAGGAUGUGAGCUGUCCUGUCAAGCAGGUUCCCGCCGGGAAGAAGCAGGUUCCACUCAACCCGGACUUAAGUUCUUCUGGCGGCCGCUGUGCUGGCAGUCCGGGACAUUCCGGAAACUUUCCAUCCUUGCUUGUCCCAAGCAGCGAGUUUGAAGCCAGCAACUCUCACAUGGUCAAGUCCUACUCACUGCUUUUUAGAGUGUCCCAGCCAGGGUAUGACCACAUGCUGCUCCACAAUGGGCUCGCCAACGGAGAGGCGUGCCACCACAGAGAGCUGUCAGAGGUAAUGAUGGCCAGGAAGAGGCGGGGCUCUCCCCUCAGGGAGGACGGAGGAAGCACACUGGUGGCUCAGAUGACCGUUUUUGAUAAAAACAGACGUCUGCAGCUGCUGGACGGCGACUACGAAGUUUCAAUGCAAGACUUAACACAGCAAAGUCCUCUCAACAACAUGACAGCAACAUGGGAGACCAUACUGGACACGAAGCACUUGCCUCCAUUGGAGGCGUUCUGUGAUGGUCCCACUCUUCACUUCACGCUUCGAUGGACCAAGGACCUCUGCGACGGUUCCACGGCUCCCGUCGCCAAACCUCUGGCCACGCGCAACACGGACGCCAACCAGGAGGGCAAAGUGGCCGUCACACUGAGGAACACGCCGCACUCCGCACACACUGUGAAAGAAACCAUCAACACAGACAAAGUCCACACCAGAACCAGAGAAUACGUGUCAGCGCAAUCUCGACCGAAACUACGCAUCUUCUACCAGUUCCAGUACAACAACAACAGUCGGCAGCAGACCGAGGCCAGAGACGACCUUCACUGCCCUUGGUGCACUUUGAACUGCAGGAAGCUGUACAGUCUGCUAAAACACCUCAAGCUGUCCCACUCGCGUUUUGUCUUCAACUACGUGCCUCAUCCCAAAGGAGCCAAGAUCGAGGUGUCCAUCAACGAGAGUUACGACGGCUCGUACGCGGGGAAUCCUCAGGACGUACACAGCCAGCCGGGAUUCGCCUUCAGCCGCAACGGACCUGUCAAGCGGGCGGCUGUCACUCAGGUCCUGGUCUGCAGGUACUCAAGUCACGUGACUACCGACAAAGCAAUUACCUUGGUGGCAUCUUGGUGCCAAGGAAUUGUUGAAGUGAGCGGAGGAGCUUCAUUCAGACAAAAGUGGCCCAAGCGCAGCAAGCCAAGUCUGUCCGAGUUCCUGGAGUGUGAGGGCGGCGAGAGCGAGCGUCCCUGGUCCUACGUGAGUGGACACAACAGACUUUACUUCCGGAGCGACAGCUGCGUGCCCAGAGCGCCGCAGGAGAUGGACGUGGACAGCGAGGACGAAAGGGACCCUGACUGGCUCCAGGAGAAGACCGCCAAGCAAAUCGAGGACUUCACGGACGUGAACGAGGGCGAGAAGGAGAUCAUGAAGCUGUGGAACCUUCACGUCAUGAAGCACGGUUUCAUCGCAGACCACCAGAUGAACGAGGCGUGCCUGCUGUUCACUGAGCUGCACUGCGCUCACCUAGUCCGCCAAAACCUGCGCCGCAACUUCCUGCUUCACCUGGUCAGCAUGCACGACUUCAACCUGGUCACCACCAGAACCAUCGACCAGGCCAUGGCCAGACUCCAGGCUGCCGCGCACGGGGGCGAACCCCCAGAGGAGGAAGACGAAUGGGAGACGGCGGUGGAGUCUCUAACAGAGACGGACCUUGAGCCGUCCCGGUGUGAAGACGCCAGCAGGUGGCAAGAGAGUCACACCGCUGUUUUAUACUGACCAAUGGCAAGAACCCCAACAGAACUUUGUGAUUAUGAUUUGAAUGCUGGAUCAUGGAGACACCCGAAGGGCAUGAUUUCCUGUUUUAUGAUCCUAAGACUUGAAGAAUUUGUCAAGUCAUAAACCCCAAACUGAACUUUUGGGUUUGGAACCUUCAAUCAGCUUUUAGGACUUCGAGACUGAGGAACUCUAGGUUGCGGAGACACCAAAACAGCAUGUUUUCCAGUGUGUUAUCCAAGAACUUGCGGACUUCGUCCACGUUAGUAGAAACCCUAAAAUGAACUUUUGGGUUUGAAACCGUCAAUCAACUUUUUGGAAUUUCAGGUCUUUGAGACUAAAGAAUCACAGAGAAACCAGAAUAUCUUGUUUUCCUCUUUGUUAUUCCAAAACCUGAGGAAAUGUUCAAUGCUCCUGAUGUUGGGUGUCAGUGUAACCUGACCAAUGAGUGGCCAGUGGUUGGCCAGAAACCCAAAACUAUACUUUUUGUUUGAAACAUGAAGUCAACUUUUAGCACUCAAACAUUGAUUCUAGUCAAGACCAUAAUUGUUCCUGUUUGUUGUCCAAAAACCUUGUCUAUGUUACUAGAAACCCCAAAAUUCACUUUAGGUUUGGAACCUUUAGUCAACUUUUGCAACGUUUAGGAUGUCAAGACCAAAAAGGUCUAGUUCAUGAAGUGGCCAGCAAAUAAGGUUUUCCUCUUGGCUUUCCUAGAUCUUAAGGACUUUGUCCAUGGUCCUAACUGAUCAAUGAUGGCAGAAACCCCAAAAUGGACUUUUUGUUUAGAAUGCUAAGCAGACUUUUAGGACGCCAAGAGUGACUCUGAAUCAAGUAGACACCAAGACUUCAUGUUUUCUCUUUGUCCCUGGACUUGAGGGCUUUGUACGCAGUCCGAUUGACUAGAAACCUGUGCAAAAUUCCAAACGAUAGACUUUUAUCGUUUGGAACCAACUUUUGAAUUUUAGGGCCCUUAAGACUGAUUCUGGAUCAGGGAGAGACCAGGACAUUGUUCUCCUUCUACUUAUCCAAAAACAUCAGGACUUUGUGCAUGUUCCUGACCCUUGCACAACCCCAAAAUUGACUUUUUCUGGAUCGAGGAAACACCAGAACGUUUUUCUGUUUGUCAUCAAAUUUGAGGACUCUUGUUUAUGUUUCUAAUGUUUAGUAUCAGUGUAAACUGACCAGUGAACGGAGGCCAACCAGAAACCUUCACAGAAGCCCAAAAUUGACUUUGUUUGGACCGGUCAAGACAACUUUUUGGACUAUUAAGGAUGUCAAGACCGAAGAAUUCUGGAUCAAGUUUUCCAAAUCCCAAAUUUUGACAACUUUGUCCAUGUGAAAAACUUGGGGACUGGGGGUUCAGUUUGAGAGUCUGAUUCGGUUCAAAGAUUUCAUUUAUAAUUGUCAGAAUAUCUCCAACGGUGCUACUUUUUUCUCUUCAUAAUCUGAUCCAGAAUCUGUUUUGUUCCUUCUGUGCCGAUGUUGCCUUUUGCUAAUGUGGAAUUGUUUGAAAGAUCAGCAGAAAAUGAAGGUCCAAAAUCCAAAGUGAAGCCAGCACAGAGCAGAAGUGCCUUAAAAUUGCAUUCUUUCAGAGCCCAGCAGGGGGUGCAAUACCCCACACAAGCUGUUAAAUAGAAGACUUGAUUUGCUUUUGUUUUUCCUGCUGGUCUCAUCAUUAGUUUCCAUGAAGGAAAAAAAAAAAAAAAAGACCAAUCAAGUGUGCGUUCUUAGAUGAGAUUCCACUCUGAUACUAUUGAUGUCCAUGUUACGAUGAAACAACCAAAACCUGAUACCAUUGACACCAUGCAUCUGUUGGCUGAAGCGUGUGCUAAAAGGCUAAAAGUGUUUUUGUUGUUCCUUCACUCCGCAGCAGCAGGAUUUCUUUGCACAACAAAAUGUUCAACUGGCCUGCUAUCACCUUUUUUUUUAAUUAUUAUUAAAAAGGGCACAUUUGUACA